CUGAGACGAGGGACGCGCCGACGACUACGGAGGAGCCAGCACCCCGCGAGGCCCCCGGUAGCUGCCAGGCGACCCAGACCCCACGGAUCUACACCUUCAGUGAGGGCGAGCUGGUGGAUCUUCUGAUCCGCUACGAGCACCUCACUGAGCAAGAAGAGGAGGCCAGGUUCGAGAGGAUCCCGCACGAGACAGCCCUCCCCCUAGUGAGGAGGACACUCCGUGAAGGGAAGCCGCUCCCUGCCUCCAUCUGCACGGCCCGCCCACUGGGCAACCCCCCACGCCACUUCGAUCAUAAGCAGGAGGUUGAGUGGGCGACGUAUGAGGAAGAAGACGUCUCGGAGGAGGAGGUCGACGUCGGAGGCGUGGACGAAGACCUCUUCCUGAAUGCAGACAGAGACCUCACCGACGAAGAGCUCGCAAGCUACUACGCCGGUGACCAGUGAAUAAUAUGACAUUUUCCCCUGUGUAUUUGUGAACAUUUGUAUCCUGUGUAACCUAUGUACUGUACAUCGGGCAGGCUGUUUAUUGAGAGCCUGCUUUGAUAACCGAUUAUUUUUGUAAUUUUCAUGUUUAUUUUUAUUAUUAUGUCUUAUGUAAAAGUUAUCAAUAAACUAUUAAAGCAAAUGGCAGCCCAACACUCACUCCACUGUUGAGCUACCCACCUGAACCAUGACUGGCCGCGGCAAGGGAGGCAAGGGACUCGGAAAGGGAGGCGCCAAGCGUCACCGCAAGGUUCUUCGGGACAACAUCCAGGGCAUCACCAAGCCGGCCAUCCGUCGUCUGGCGCGCCGUGGCGGUGUGAAGCGCAUCUCCGGGCUCAUCUACGAAGAGACCCGUGGUGUGCUCAAGGUGUUCCUGGAGAACGUCAUCAGGGAUGCCGUCACCUACACUGAGCACGCCAAGCGCAAGACCGUCACCGCCAUGGACGUGGUGUACGCCCUCAAACGCCAGGGCCGCACCCUGUACGGCUUCGGUGGUUAAUGCCGCUGCCUGAGCGAGCCCGACCUAAC